AUGAAUGUAAGAGGACCAAAAUCAUAUAAAGAUCUUUUGACAGUAAAUGGGAUAUGUUGUGACACAUUUAGAGAAUCUGCAGAAAAAAGAGGAUUGUUGCAUUGUGACAACAACUUAGUUGAAUGUAUGUCUGAGGCUGCCUGCUAUCAAAUGCCUUAUAGUUUAAGACGUUUAUUUGCUACAAUAUUAGUAUAUUGCAGCCCUAGCAAUCCAAGAGAACUGUGGGAACAAUUUGAAAAUUCAAUAUAUGAAGACUUUAAGAGCUUAGCCAAUAUAACGGCAAAAGAUAUCCACCUUGCUAUCUUGAAUCACAUUAAUGAUAUACUACAUUCUAUGGGGCGUGAUAUUAAUGAAUUUAACCUUGUUCCAAAAACUAUAAAAUCUUCAAAAAUAGCAACUGAAGCAAAGGAAGUGUAUUUUGAAAGAAAUAUCAUUGUGAGCGAUGAAGAUUUACUGUUACAUACAAAAUUAAAUACUGAACAAAAGAAGGCAUAUGACAUCAUCCUCCAGAGAGUAUUUUCUAACAAAUCUGGAGCAUUUUUUAUUGAUGGUCCUGGAGGAAGUGGCAAGACAUUCUUAUAUUGUGCCUUAUUAGCAACUGUAAGAUCUAAAGGGUUUGUAGCAUUAGCAACGGCAACUUCUGGAGUUGCAGCUUCGAUCCUUCCAGGAGGACGAACAACUCAUUCACAUAUUAAAAUUCCGAUUAAUAUGGAUGAAAAAUUUACUUGUAAUAUCAGCAAGCAAAGCUCACUAGCAUCUUGGAUUCGUGAUGCAAAAUUGAUUGUUUGGGAUAAAGUGUCAAUGGCAAAAAAGAAUAUGAUUGAAGCUUUAGAUUCUCUUCUAAAAGAUAUAAUGGACACAAAUACGCUUUUUGGCGGAAAAGUAGUUGUAUUUGGAGGAGAUUUUAGACAAACUCUUCCUGUGGUUCGAAGUGAAAAAAAAGAAGAUUUCAUUCGGGAAAGUAUAUUGAACUCCGAAAUAUGGAAUGAGCUUGAAAAACUACGAUUAUUAGAAAAUAUGCGUGCAAGAAUUGAUCCUUCUUUCUGUGAAUAUUUGAUGCGAAUAGGAAAUGAAAUAGAAAAGCCAAAUAUGGAUAACAAAAUAGAAAUUCCGAGAUCUUUUAUUGUUCCUUAUAUUACUGAAAGACAAUCGUUAGACAUGUUAUUCAAAAUAAUAUAUCCCAAUUUACAUACAUCUUUUCAAAAUUCUUCUUUUUUAACUUCCCGUGUUAUUUUAACGACAAAAAAUGACUUUGUUGAUGAAAUAAAUGAUAGACUUAUAACUCAAUUUCCUAAAGAUGCUAAGACAUUUGUUGCAACUGAUGAAACUAUUGAACCAAAUGAUCAAAGUCAGUUUGAGGAUUUUUUACAUUCAUUGAACCCUGUUGGUUUACCUCCUUACAAGCUAAUAUUGAAAGAAAAUUGUCCCAUCAUGUUAUUGCGAAAUUUAAAUCCUUGUGAAGGUUUAUGCAAUGGUACACGAUUGAUAUGUUGCGAUUUUAAGAGUCGUGUUAUAAGCGCUCGAAUUGCAAGUGGUGAUUUUAAGAAUACACAUGUAUUUAUUCCUAGAAUACCAUUACUAUCUUCAGAUGAUGAAAAGUUACCUAUCCCAUUUAAAAGAACACAAUUUCCUGUACGUCUAUGUUUCGCUAUGACGAUAAAUAAAGCAUAA